GCUGCCGUUUGGUUGUCGGCUCUUGGACCCGUACGGCCGGUGCUGCAUGCUGGAAAGCAGCAGGCGUGCACUGCUGGGGCCCUCGUGGGGCGCUCCGGGCCCCCACUAGCCAUGGGCAUGGCAGUCAAGCUUAAAGGCCCCAUCCGGGUGGGAUUCUACGACAUCGAGCGCACCAUAGGCAAGGGGAACUUCGCCGUCGUCAAGUUGGCCAGGCACCGCAUCACCAAGACCGAGGUCGCCAUCAAGAUUAUUGACAAGACGCAAUUGGACGCAGCCAGCCUAGAAAAGGUGUUCCGAGAGGUGCGCAUCAUGAAGAUGCUCAGCCACCCUCACAUCGUGAAGCUGUAUCAGGUGAUGGAGACCAAAAACAUGCUCUAUCUGGUAUCGGAGUAUGCCAGCCAAGGCGAGGUGUUUGAGUUCAUCUCGCGGCAUGGUCGUAUGCCAGAACCGAUGGCACGGCGAAAAUUUUGGCAGGUUUUGUUGGCAGUUGAGUAUUGCCACAGCCAGCACAUCGUCCACCGGGAUCUUAAGGCGGAAAACCUUUUGCUCGACUCCCACAUGAAUGUCAAGCUAGCCGAUUUCGGCUUCAGCAACUUCUACUCACCGACGGGCUACCUGACAACGUGGUGUGGCAGCCCACCAUACGCAGCUCCCGAGGUCUUUGAGGGGAAACGAUACAUUGGUCCCGAGGUUGAUGUCUGGAGCCUGGGUGUGGUGUUGUACGUGCUGGUGUGCGGGGCACUCCCCUUCGAUGGUAGCAGUCUGCAGGUGCUGCGCAGUCGCGUGCUCUCCGGGCGCUUCCGCAUACCUUUCUUUAUGUCUACCGAAUGUGAGCAUCUAAUCCGCAAGAUGCUGGUGCUGGACCCAACUCGACGGAUGACAGUAGAGCAGGUGAAGCGACACCGGUGGCUACAGCCAGCAGGCAUGCACACCCCAGCCACACCUGCAGCUCCGUCCGAUCGUGAGGCUGCUCGUCGAGGUAUCCUCGAUGAUGGGGUCCUUCGCCUCAUGCAGAGUCUUGGUAUCGAUCCAGCCCGCACUCAACAGUCGCUAGUGCAGGAGCGUUUUGACCACCACUCGGCCAUCUACUUCUUGCUCUUGGAGAGGGCACGACGGCUUGCAGGCGCUGCCACAGCUGCCGCCGACGCUAGCCGACGACCCAGCACGGUGGCUGAGCAGACGCUACGCCACGAGCCUGCGGCUGCCGUGUUGCACAUGCAGGCAGCACUGGCUGCUCACCCGACCAUCGACAGCGUGCGCGGGCAUGCCUUCUGCCAGACGACGGACGGCAACCUCGCUACGUGCCGUGUACCAGCCACGGCACUGCUCAAGGGCUGGCACGCCGCAGCACCACCAGCCACAGGCUCCAUAGACGAAGGUGUUGAAGAAGACCUAGACCCACCGGGCACCCCACCUCGACCUGAGCACAGGGACAGCCCACCACUAUGCAGCCUUACUCAGAUGUUAAGCCUAUCCGAUGCCCCUCCAGGCGCACCUCCCUUGCCAGCUUGCCUCGAACCGUGUUGUGGCACUGAAGGGCCACAUCGAUCAGCGGGCGACUUCCGCGAAGGCCGCCGUGCCUCGGACGGCCUGGUGACACUGCCGGCAGGUCCCGUGGCAUCCGUCGCCGCCACCACGACGCUAAUGGGCAGUGGACACCGUGACGAGCUCUUCGGCAGUGACCGACGGCUGCCACCACCCCCUCCUGAGGUGCUUCCACUGACGCUCUGGAGCCAGAGCAAGCCCUUGCAACGGCGGCCUCGUUGGGCACGGCCUUGGCGGCCCACACCACCCCGACCACCACUGGCUGCCUGCGGUGGUGGUUCGCUGGGCGAUGUGCCGUGCCCGUGGGCGGGCCGUGCCUGGGAGGCAAGUGGCCGCGCUGCAAACCCAUCUAGUCAUCUGUAUGGUGCAGGCGACCAUGCCACUGCGAGCCACCAUGCAUCCUGGGACCCGAGCCUGGAGCAGAUGGACACGCUGUGAACUAUGGCCACAUGUACACAUGUUCUCUUCAGAAGAGCCAGCGAGGAACUCUUUUAUUCGAUGUGACACUUGGUUUUAUUAGUGGUUCACACUCUACUGUAGACUUUGCGUGAGUAUAUUCAGGCACAGUUUACACACAACUAGCUGGAGCAGCUUUCUCUUGAGUACUAGUAUUUUCAAUAACGUUAUGUUGUGUUGCGUGCAUAUGCGGGAACUCUUCUGUUGUGAGUUUUAUCUUCUGUACGGGCAUGAAGAGCCCCUGCUGUCAUGAUAUGGAUCUCUUCUGUCCUUGCAUGCCUCAGUUGCAAAUAUCUCGCAGCUUCCACUUUUCUGAAUCAUUGACUACCUACGAAACUGCCCUUGGUUUCUUUGCCACUGCCAAGGAGUACCCCAUGCAUCAGCACGUUAUGUCUGGCCAUAGCUUGCAGACUGCCUGAUAUGCGUGUGCUGUCCAGCCCUGCUUCCACUAUGCAAAUGUUGAGUGCUGGUAACCUGAGUGCUGCCACAGCAGUGCAGGUCACUUUCCACAGCUGUCAAAACUACCAAAUUGCGCUUGUUUCCACCCACUUGUAAUUUGUUUGCAUGAGUUUUGAAGGAGUACACCAGGAUUGUGCAACGGCCAGAAGUGUCCUUUAGCCUAAGCGGAGAUUAAUUUUCCAGACAUUGUGGUCGCUCAUGCAUUUUGCUACUCUUUUCUUGUGUUUCUGGCUGCGGAUGGUCUGUCGGUCUUUAAGCAUUUCACGGCCAAUAGGGUGCACAUGUAGUGAUGAUAUCUGUUGUCAGUGCCACCUUGUGAUAUGCGGCAUACUACUGGUAGUGGUUGUGGUGGCAUAUCUUAGCACCAAGAUAGCCUAGUUGUGGUUGCCAACACUGUAAUUUUAGGAGAAUGAGCUUCAGAACAAGAGGCUCAACUUGUACUGUUUUGUUACCUUUGUUAGGCCUUUUCCGGAAAACUUUUGUAUAUGGCCAGCAGCUUUUAUCUAACACUGUUCUACCCACCUAGCCAUGUCUUUAACUAGCGUUUUAUCAUGUGACGCAAUUGCCUAACAUACCAGGAAACAUUGUGCGAAAAGCUUCAUGGUCACUAGGAUGAAAAAAAAUCUGUGUUUUGAGGUAUAUUUUAGCAUUUAUGGUUGACAGCUUGGAUUUGAGUGCUACUGAGCAUAAAUGAGUUCACUCAUUUUAGUGACUGGGGUAAAGCUUAAUUUGCAACAGCAUCAGUAGCAGCAGUUUGCUUAAAACGCUGAGCACAAAGUCACAAAACUUAAAGGGUUGUUAGCUUAGCUGCGUAAUUAAAACUGAGUAACGAUGCAAACAAAGUGUAUUCCUAUUUGAAUCUCCAUACACUGAGUAAUUCAUCAUUGGGUUGUUUGGCACUAGCUGAUGGAUGAUUCAGCACGAAAGCAGGUAAGUCUAAAGAAGGCCACCACAUGACGCUCUAGUCAUCUCUUGUGCAUGGAUCAGUGCACGAGGGUCAUGGUCAUGUGGUUAGAGUGCAUCAUGAUGUGCAGCCAUUUUGGUGUGCCCAGGUGUUGUGUAAUUCAGGGGAAGUAGGUUCAUUGUCAGAUCGGCAGAGGUGCACAUUGCGCGGCAGCAAGGUUAAUAGUUUUGAAACAUUCCGCUGCACUUUACUUGCAAGGCGUGCUGUUUUGUUGAAACCGUAGACAAGUUGCUCGACCUUGUCACUUUGCAGGCCAUGUUUGCUUGAAGCUAGCUUGCAAAGCUGUCACACAGCAUUAUUGCUGUGUAACCUGCUCCCCCAGACAAGCCAUGGCUCACUGUAUCUGCUGUUGGUUUGCAGGUUUAGCAUUCAGUGGCACAGCGCUAAGUAAAUGUGUGCCUGUUUGCCAGCAUACUCAAGCUAAUUGCCAGUUUUGACUCUUGCUGGCAUUAUGAAGCCACAUGUAAGAGAAUAUGUGCUGGCAGAAACUGUCAUGUAUCUGCCUUCAUUUUGUUCAACUGGCACUGUUUGUGUUGUUUUCGUCAUGUAAAUUUGUGUGAUUGUUUAUUUAGGCAGUGAAUAGUGCAUAGGAAACUUUUCAGUAUAAGCAAAUGUCUGUGUAUGUAAGCUUUCAUAUGUAACUGGGUUAAACACGGUUAAUAAGGUACAGAAUGUCUGCACUCAGGGGCGUAAUGUUACAGAACAGGAUGGAAGCAAGCGGGCCUCUCACAGUCUUCGAAUGGAUAGCAAUUUUUCUAUGUAGUGUCAAGGCACUGUAAUACAAUUAGUAUGUGUGGUGCCUGGUAGGCACACUAACAGUGACUACAGAUCCUCCUUUUGUCUAAACCAAAUUUGUUAUAUUUACAAUGCCUUAUUAUAUCUCACAAUCCAUCGCCCCUGAGAGUGGAUAUAAUUCUAAUUUAGCAGGACCAGUAUGUGUUACUGCUUCUCUACGCUAGUCAUGACAUCGCUGAAUACCGAAUAAGCAACAGUGAAAUUAUUUGUGCUUUUAAACUUUAAAUCACUUUUAGGCACUAGGUAUACCUGUUUGCGUUUUGACGUCUUACCGCUAACUGUGCCGCUGCAAAUGUGGAUUGCAAGACUCGCUCGAGACACUAGAUGCAUGCUAGCACUGGAGUGCCGCAAUGAUUUGUUCCUUUAAAUUACGUACAUUGCCAUCAUGCUCCAAUUCUACACUGACUAUAUUGCAGGUGCAUCAAGUUGCAUUCUCAUAAUUAGUGUGCAGAAGUUUGUGUACCAGUCUCCGAUGUUGCUCCAAUUCACCAUAGACAUGCUGCAGAGAAGUGCAUAGAAAGUUUUCAAUUCAUAGAGUUAGUUCACAAGUUGCGAUUCGACCUUUAAUAUACCACUUUGGUGUGUGAAGUAACAAUUUUUUCACUGGUCAUACCGACCAGUAGUGGUACAAAGUUUGAGACUAAAACACUGAAUGCUAAUGGAGCUUUACUUUUUUUCAACGUGUGAAAUUUAUGGCAGCUUGGGUUGUUUACUGUGGCUGUGGGGGAUCAGUGUGCAUACACCUUGGUCCCAAUGCUGCAUCUUGCAAAUCAGAUAUGUGUUGUGUUGUCAGCAGCAUUUAUUGUUUAUUUGCUACUCGUUAGUGAACUUCAAUUCAAAAACAAAUAAAAGGCAGCAUAGUGAUGCAGAACUGUGUAGCUUUUGCAACUUAGCUUCUGUGCCUCCAAAGCCCUUGCUUGUUCAUGCUCCCCAUGAAGUUGCAACAUAGAAAAAUGCUGCUGUUUUGCCUGUGCUGGCUAUUCGUGGAGUAGGGCAGAGCACAAUUUAAUGCUUACUUUAUACAGCACUUUACUCGCAAGGGGUUUCUGUCACAGCUUUGGAGGCAAGUCUCAGUGAAACUUGAAUGGAGGUGCAGUGUUUGUUAGUUCAGUCCUUGCAUACAUUUUUCAUGAAGCAGCGCCCCAUAGCAAUGGUGCUGUCAGCUUGAUAUAUCAAAGUGGCACCAAAGACAUAGUAGAGUCGAGUUUGGUAUACAAUAGGCAGUGUCUCGUUGCCCACACACAUUUUUCCCAUGUGUGCUUUUCACUAGGAAUUUAGAGAUAGUCUCAAGUGUGCGUGUGCACGUAUGCUGAUCUGCUCUGGUUGUACAAAGACUCCGGAAAGGCUCACUGUGUGUUGUGCCUGUUGGGUACAGACACGUGCAUUGCCUUAUCCUUGUUUCGGUGAUGCACCGAGAUCCUUGAGUGUCCAUAACUGUGGUGGCAGCCACGAUGAGACUUUCGGAAGCUCAGUCCAACCAGAAGCUGCCGCAGUCGUACAUGUGUGGAUCUGGCAUGUGUGCCUGCCGAACUGUCCGCUCGCUCUGUGCGAAGCCUUUGGGUACAAAGCACAUUUCACUGUGCGUGGUCACUGGCACCAAGCCGACUUGCUUGUCCAAGAAUGGGAGUUUGAAACGUGUGCCGUAUGUGUUGCCAGGAAUUGAAUAAAACAUGCUCGACAGGCUAUUGUG